UAUAGACAGUGAAGGAAAGUUCUUGGAAUUUGGUUCUUCUUCUAUACAUAAGCUUUGGUUACACAAUCAAAAUCAAAUCGAGAACUGUUGUUGUGUCCGAAAAUCAACAUCAACAUCGUUUCUUUCUUCUGCCAUUAAAUUUCACCAUCUUCCACCUUCAACUGCCCUAGACAGCUAUUCUCCACCUUUCUCUUUUCUCUCUCUGUUCUCUAUCAUUCCCAGAGAUAACCAAACAAUCUCAGAAGAAACCAGAAAGAGCAAAGAAACUAAAAACUAUUAUUCAUUAAAGUCAGUGUUUUUAAAUUCGAUUUCGUAAUGGGUUCUUCUGCUUCAAAGACCGCUUCUUCCGUUUCUUCUGCUUCUUCCUCAUCUGCGUUUUCUCCACCGCCGACCAAAUUCAGCUCCGAUUCAUCUUCACCGGCGGUGCAGAGAGCUUUUUCGUUUCCGACGCCGUUGGUUCACCAUCCUCCGGCGAGAAAAGGCGACUCUCAUCACCUUGUUUCCCUUACAUCUACAUCGUACGGUUCUCUUCUCCUCCUUGAUCUCGAUGGAUCCAAAAACUCCUCUUCCGACCAACAAACGCUGCCUCGUAUCUCAAUCUCCGGGAAGAACACACCAGAUCCGGUCUCUCCUGAUUCAGUCAUAAACACUUGGGAGCUUAUGGAUGGCUUGGACGAUGAAUUCGAAUUCGAAAUUCCCAAACCGGGUAAGCGUCUAAAUUCGGAUUUUUGCUCUAAACCCGACCCGAAUCGGAAUGUGAGUUUAAAUGGGUCUUCGUUGAAAUUGGAUGAAUCUUACGAGAUUGUGAGAAUCGAAGAAGACGAUGGAGAUUGGGUUCCUUUGACUUAUAAACCUAAGCAACCUUUGUGGAAGCAUUUGUCUGAAGAAUCAUUUCUCUCUGAUUUAGAUCCCAGCAUUGUCUCAUCCUACAAGAAAGCUUUGUCUUCUAAGCUAUUAAGCAAUCAUAGUAAUACUAGAAACCCUCAUAGACCCACAAAGUCUCUCUCUUGUAGCCCAUCAUCAAAUCCAUCCAUCUUAAUAAGCGAAGAACCAAAAUCUGUAUCCUCUAGUCAAUUGAUUUCAUCACCAGCCAAACCGAGAUUACCAGGAACAGAAGACAAGAUUGUACUCUACUUCACAACCCUCAGAGGAAUUCGAAAGACAUACGAGGAUUGUUGUUGCGUUAGAGCGAUAUUGAGAGGAGUUCAAGUGUCCGUAGACGAACGUGACAUCUCUAUGGAUUCCAAAUACAGGAAAGAGCUUCAAAGCGUGCUUGGCGCCGCAGAGAAACCGGUUUGUUUGCCUCAGGUGUUUAUCAGAGGAACUCACAUUGGUGGCGUGGAGGAGAUUAUGCAGCUAAAUGAUGGUGGUGAAUUAGCAGAGAUGUUGAAAGAUUUCCCUGCUUGUGAACGCUUGGGGACAUGCCGGAGCUGUGGUGAUGCAAGGUUUGUGCCUUGUACUAACUGUGAUGGUAGCACCAAAGUGUUUGAAGAACAAGAUGAACGGUUUAAGCGGUGUCCUAAAUGCAAUGAGAAUGGAUUGGUGCGUUGUCGUGUGUGUUGUCUCUAAGUGAUCAGUUUGAUCAAAAGAUGUGUGUGAGAAAGGGGAUAUAGAUUGAUUGACUAAACAUGGUAUUUGGUUAGUAAUGUAUAUUCAAAUAAGUAAGUUGGCUCAAGCCUUUUAUUAUUUACUCUUAUGAGUUGUGUUCUUUUGUUCCAUUUACGCUCUUGACCUUUUGAACUAAAUGAUUCUUACUAUAUGAAGUACAUCAAAUGGUAGAUGAUGAUUGAUAAUUCGCAUAAUAGCCGAAUGAUUUGCUUUGUU